ACCAGUCGGACCACCAAACCCACAGGGCAAGCCGCGAGCUGAUAAAUUCGUCUCGCCCCACUAUCACGGAAAGAAGAAGAAGGAAGAGUGACCUUCUGGGAUUGUUCCACUGGUAGUCGGUCACUUCCAGCAGUCUUUAGCCGCAUUUCCCAUCCUCGUCUAUUUUAGUAAUGAGAAACGACAGCAACGUCAGCGUUGACGAGCCUUCUGGACAACAGCCAAUUGUUAAGGCUCAUCGCAGUCUCUGGACAAGACGUCCGUCCAAAAAGGCUUUCCUGCUACUCGUCGUAGCGGUUGCAUCUUACGUGCUAUUAUCCCUUGUCUUCCCCGCACGACCACAACCACUGAGACGACCCCAGUCGUUCUACGGCGUCGACAAUGUUACCGGCUUCAAUUCUUACGUGGUACCCAACAUCAUCCACUACGUGCGGUUCGGAAAGCCGAACAUCUCAUUCAUGGAAGCUGUGAGCAUGCGCUCCUCCUACAUUAACCACGGUCCGGACGAAAUCAUUGUGCAUUGCGACAUUUGCCAGCUGGACGGACCGUAUGCCUAUUUGGUCCGCGACAUACCGGUCCUAAGACUUAACAAACGGAUGAAGCCACAGACCGUUUUUGGACUCGAGGUGGGUGGCGUUGAGCACGCUUCGGAUAUUACUCGUCUCCAGACUCUGUUGAGGUACGGAGGCAUGUACUUGGACGGCGACUGCUUCGUCAUUCAGUCCGUGAACCGAUAUCGUCACUUUGAGAUGACGAUAGGCUGGGAAUAUGGGGCGUACAUGGGAAGCAUGAUAUUGCUGGCCGCCCCCAGUGCCAGAUUCCUUCAUCUGUACCAGCAACUUUACAAGGAGUACAACCGCAGCUCGUGGUAUUACAAUGCCGGAGACCUGCCCACCAUGCGCGUGCUGUGGCAUCAUCCCCACCUCAUCCACCGAGUCCCUAUCCUCAUUGGUAUCGGCUAUGCCAUGUUGUACAAGCUGUACAAUCCUGGUUUUCAUCCCGAUUGGAGGAAUUAUCAUGUGGUUCACACAUUCAUACGCCACCGUUCUGCAAAGGCAGAUCCCUUGUGUGGGAAGGAGUAUGACUUGCAGAAUAUCAGGACGUACAACACAUCACUGGGAGAGAUGAUGCGUGAGGUUAUCUUUGGUACGUCCGAGUACGUGAACGACACCGCCGAAGUGAAAGGAUCAUACGAUCUCUACGUUGCGAAGCGAAAGCGGUCGAGCCCGAGUUUGACGACACAAAACAGUACCGAUGAUGCAAGCAUUCGCCGUUAGUAGGGCAGUGUGCAAAUAUGUACAUAGUUGUAAAUAUGUAACGUUGAAAAAGUGUGUCUGUAUGGGAAAGUUCGACGUCAGUAAUUUGUUAAAGGUAUGAUUACAACAGGAGUGAACAAUUACAGGACUAAGACUAAG